AAAGCAUACGCUAACAGCAUAUUGAGGUCGUGAUCCGGUCCCAGACGAACUCACGUGUUUCUUGUUUUCCAUUUUAACAGCGCAAAAAUGUCGAGCAAAACCCGACGUGCUAGCGCCGCCACGCCGCAGCCCGGCAGCACCUCGACCCCACUGCCGCCCAAUGUGGGACCCGUGCCUCAGCAGCAGCAGCAGGCCUCGAGCCCACUCAGUCCCACACGGCACUCCCGCGUGGCUGAGAAGGUGGAGCUGCAGAAUCUGAACGACCGCCUGGCCACCUACAUUGAUCGCGUUCGCAACUUGGAGACGGAGAACACUCGCCUCACCAUCGAGGUGCAGACCAGCCGCGACACCACCACCCGGGAGACGACGAACCUCAAGAACAUCUACGAGGGCGAGCUGGUCGAGACGCGCCGUAUGCUAGAUGAGAUGGCACGGGACAAGGCCCGCGCUGAGAUCGAUCUCAAGCGGAUAUGGGAGGAGAACGAAGAGCUCAAGGCCAAUUUGAACAAGUUGAACAAGGAGUGCAGCACGGCCGAGGGCAAUGCCCGCAUGUACGAGUCGCGUGCCAAUGAGCUGAGCAACAAAUACAACCAGGCCGCUGCCGAACGGAAGAAGGCUAUUGAUGAUCUGAAGGAGGCGCUCAAGGAGUUGGAGCGGCUACGCAAGCAGUUUGAUGAGGCGCGCAAGAACCUGGAGUCUGAGACCCUGACUCGCGUCGACCUGGAGAACACCAUCCAGAGCCUGCGCGAGGAGCUCUCCUUCAAGGACCAGAUUCAUGUGCAGGAGAUCAACGACUCGCGUCGCCUGCGGCAGACGGAGUAUAGCGAGAUCGACGGCCGCCUUUCGUCCGAGUACGAUGCCAAGCUCAAGCAAUCUCUGCAGGAUCUGCGUGCCCAGUACGAGGAACAGAUGCGCAUCAAUCGCGAUGACAUCGAGAGCCUGUACGAAGACAAGAUCCGCCGCUUGCAGGAGACCGCUGCUCGUACCAACAACUCCACGCACAAGUCCAUCGAGGAGCAGCGCACCACUCGUGUGCGCAUUGACGGGCUUAAUGCCAAGAUCAGCGAUCUGGAGCAGACUAAUUCAAUGCUGAACGGACGCAUACGCGAGCUGGAGCAUCAGCUGGAUAACGAUCGCGAGCGUCACAGCCAGGAAGUGGCCAUGCUCGAGAGGGAGCUCAUCCGCUUGCGGGACGAGAUGACCCAGCAGCUGCAGGAGUACCAAGACCUCAUGGACAUCAAGGUUUCGUUGGAUUUGGAAAUUGCCGCCUACGACAAGCUACUUAUGGGCGAGGAGCAUCGCCUGAACAUAACACCGUCCAACACGGCCACCGUUCAGUCCUUCAGUCAAUCGCUUCGCAGCAGCACCCGCGCUACGCCGUCGCGCCGCACACCAUCUGGUGCGCUGAAGCGCAAGCGCACUUUUGUGGACGAGUCGGAGGAUCGCAGCGUCUCGGACUACUAUGUGUCGGCCAGUGCCAAGGGUAAUAUUGAAAUUAAGGAAAUCGAUCCGGAGGGCAAGUUCGUGAAGAUCUUCAACAAGGGCAACGAAGAGGUGGCCAUCGGCGGCUGGCAGCUGCAGCGCAUAGUAAACGAGAGUGGGCCAUCGAACACGUACAAGUUCCAUCGCUCCGUGAAGAUCGACGCGAAUGCAUAUGUGACUGUAUGGUCGGUGGACAGCAAAGCCUCGCACGAGCCGCCCACCAACAUUGUGAUGAAGCAACAAAAGUGGAUAACCGGCGACAACACCAAGACGAUUCUGCUGAAUAUUGACGGCGAGACUGUGGCCAAUUUGGAUCGCAUCAAGCGGAUUGUUUCCACCCAUGUUUCCUCUUCCCGUCAGAGUCGCCGUCGCAGUAUCAGCGCGGUCGAUGGCAACGAGCAGCUCUACCACCAGCAGGGUGAUCCCCUGCAGUCCGCCGAGAAGUGCGCCAUUAUGUAAUCUUUCGCGCGAAAGCACACGGAUUUAUCUAUCAUACAGACAGAAAAACACCGCAGCAGCACACACACACAAACACACAGAGACAGAUUUGUAGUAAUACUAAGUUAUUUUUUGUGGCCCGUGUCGCCGAUAAUUGAAACAAAAAACAUUUGUGUUGAUCUGCUCCACCAGCCAUGAGAGCGAUAAUCCAUCGUCUUCGUCAGAAUACACCAAACCCAAUCCUAUCCACGUUUACCGUUUCCAUUACAUAUGUUUCCCUUUUAUAACAUUUCGCUUUAAUUUCCCUUUUUAAUGUUUCUAAAUUUCAUGUUCUGUGUGCUCCCCUUUGUUCAAAGACAUUCAUUAACUACUUUUUGUAAGCUUUAUUUGGUAUAUAUGGACCGAUCGAUAUCACUCUUGUAUACCAUCUAGAACAUACAUGCAUAAAACACACUUUUUGUAUUUGAAUUUGUGCCAUGAAGAACAUUGAAGAUAUUGGUAAGAAGACAAUAUGUUCGAUGGACUUGGGCGCACUCUUCUUUCUCCAUAAGCAAUUCAAGUAGAUAUUUAAGGAAACGCUAACAAGAAAAACAACAACAACGAGCAAAAAUUGCAUAAACCAGAGGAAUACCAAGAUGCUCCUGACAACAGAAAUAUUUAUUUAAGUAUUUUUUGUACAAUCCGCAUAAAAUACAAUAUUACUUUAUAUACUAUAGAACAGAUAAUACAUACGAAAAAUGACAA